AUGUUUACGAUUCAAAUGGACAAAACGUUUAAACAAUUUUUAAAAAUAUUCUACCAACUCGGAAUAUGGCAACGUGACGAGGAAUCUGAAUACCGUAAAAUUGGCAAGAAAACAUUCUACACGUUGUUCGGUGCUCUGUUGCCAGUGUUUUUUGCAAUAAACGCUUUUCUAUGUGCUGAUCGAAGUGAAGCUAUUUUUUCUGUACAGGCUGCAAUUAUAACGUCGGUGGUAUACUUGAAAUUAUUGUACAUUCUGUUUAGAAAGCAAGAGAUCCUCUCAUUUUUAAACGAUCCGAUCGUUGUUCACUCAAUUGAAAAUCGUGGAGAAUACCUGCAAGUGAACAAGAAGUUACAAAAAUUUAUCGGAUUCGUUCGUCCAUAUUGUUUGGCAAUAUUUAUAACUGCUGUUUUGCUUAUUGUCUACAAGCUGCCGAUAUUUUCCAACGAUAAAGGCUUGCCUGCUUUUAUCAGCUUCUCGUGGAAUGAUUCAGAAAUUGUUUAUUGGCUGGCGUAUUUGUUGAUAUCGUUGUCGAUAGUGUUGCACAGCAUUAUAAACUAUACCAGUGCACUCGUUUGGUACAUAAUGCUGAAUUAUUCUUUGGAGUACCGAUUGUUGGGAAAUAAAUUGAAGAACUUAGGAGUGACGACAGAAAAAAAUCAGAACAAAAAGCAACAAAAACUUACGAAAAAAGGUCGAAGCCAGAAAUCCCUCAAUUCGGCAGCGCAAAGUAAAACAUUCGUCGAGAAUUUGAUCGUUUUGGUAAAAGCACAUCGAAACUUGACCGAAACAGUCGAGAGCUUCAGAUCCUGCUUCUCAAAAUUAUUUUUGGCACAAAUCACAACUAGUGGCAUUAUUAUUUGUGUUGCAGUUUAUAGCUUGGCAUAUGCUUCGAAGGAAAGUGUUUUUCAAACGCAACUGUUCGUGAGCUGUUUGCUCUACGGACUCUUAGAAAUUUUUUUGGUUAUGUACCUGGCAAAUGAAAUUACCGUUGCGAGUGACCGACUGUCAUAUUGCUUGUUCGAGUCAAAUUGGAUUGAGCAAACAGAAUCAUGUAAAAAAUAUGUUCUCAUCAUGGGCGAAGUGUUGAAGCAACCGCAGCAACUGGUAAUCUUGAUAUAUCCAAUGAAUUUGGAAACUUUUGUGAAGGUAGUUAACGGAGCCUACAGCAUGUUUAACAUUUUAAAAAGUUUUUAGUGGGAC